AUGGCAGUCGAAGAAAUCCUGAACGAAGACGUUGACGCCGUCAAGAAUGAGAAGCACCCCGACAAUGAGCAACGUAUCGGCCUCGGACACGAUUUGCACACCAGCAUCUCGCCGAUAUCUGUCGAUGGAGGCACCAAAGAAGGAGAAAUAUUCUCCAUGGGUGAGGUUGAUGCCGCCUUGGAUGCCAAGAUGAGACUGUUGAACCGAACGAUUGACGAGAUCGGCUGGACAAACAUGCACCUGAAGCUCUUCUUCCUCAAUGGCUUCGGAUAUGCGGCCGACUCCCUCGUCCUCCUCCUGCAGUCUGUCACUGCCGGGCAAGCGGCCCUCGAGUUUCAACCUUCGUUUUCCUAUGGCCUCACCGUUGCCGCUUACUCGGGAAUGCUGGUGGGGGCACUGUUCUGGGGUCUCGGCGCCGACGUUAUUGGCCGUCGCUUCGCCUUCAACACCUCGCUCUUUAUUUGUUCGGUCUUCGCCAUUGUCGCUGGAGCAUCGCCUAACUGGUAUGCCCUCGGCACCUUUACCGCACUUACUGCCUUUGGUGCUGGCGGCAAUCUUGUGCUCGACACAACUGUCUUCCUCGAAUUCCUGCCCGGCAAUAAACAAUGGCUUCUUACUCUCAUGGCCUGUUGGUGGGGGCUCGCGCCCGUCAUCGGCGCUGCCUUUGCCUGGCCUCUCCUCUCAUUGCCUCAAUUCAUCUGCACCGAGGCUGCGACUUGCACCCGGUCGAACAACAUGGGCUGGCGAUAUAUCUGGUUUGGCAAUGGAGCAUUGGUUCUCGUCCUGAGUGUCCUGCGAGUCACGGUGAUUCGACUGAAGGAAUCUCCCAAAUAUCUUCUUGCCAAAGGUCAAGAUGCGGACGUCGUGCGUACAUUCCGGGACAUUGCCCACAGCUACAACCGGCCUUGCAGCUUGACCGUGGAGGAACUUGAGGCCUGUGGAACGACACUGUCGACAUACGGGAAGUCUAGAUACGGCUUUAGUGAACUGAUGGCUCACCUGCGAGGACUUUUCGCUACCAAGAAGCUGGCGAUAUCGACCACAAUGAUCUGGUUUUCCUGGCUUUUGAUCGGCCUGGCCUACCCGCUUUUCUAUGUCUUCCUACCCGACUUCCUCGCCAGCCGAGGCGCCCAAGUAGGCCAGCCAGGCCCAUACUAUCAAUGGCGCAACUACAUGAUUACCAACACUGUGGGCAUCUUCGGCCCUGUAGCCGCAGGCUUCAUGUGCAAUCUCAAGUGGCUGGGGCGAAAGUACACGAUGGUCAUUGGCGCCCUCUGUUCCAUGGCCUUCUUCUUCGCUUACACGGCUGUGCGGACCCCGGCGCAGAAUAUCGCGUUUACUUGCUCGAUUUACUUUUUUGUCAACAUCUACUACGGCACGCUCUACGCCUAUACACCCGAGUCCUUACCAUCUGCGCAUCGCGCGACCGGGAACGGCAUCGCCGUCGGUCUCAACCGAGUCAUGGGUUUGGUGUCGGCGUUUGUGGCUACUUAUGCCAACACAGCCACUUCUGCGCCCAUCUAUAUCUGCGCGACGCUCUACAUUGUCAUGGCUAUCGUGGCGGCCACUUUCCCGUUCGAGCCAUACGGCAAGAGGUCCAUGUAG